CCCAACCACACAAAUCUGACUCAAAUAGUGACAUACAACCUUUAGCACCGUACUUAACUGUGCACAUUAGCACACGCACUUACGAGUAUAUCCUUAGAUUUGAUUUUAACAUAAACGACUUUCCCAGCUGAUAUAUGAGAUACAUAUAAGGGGCAUUUUAGCUGAAAUACCGGAAAUACGUAUUCCUGCUGGCCAGACAGAAGUUUAUCUGGACUAACCGGCUGUCAUACAAAAAUUUUGCCGCUAAUGAGCCGCGCCUAAAAGCUUAGGUUUGAUACUGGUUGCCGUGCGGUCUGAAAGGGUAUUUUGGACAGCCAGGGAAAUUCCACUUACAUAAUUGAGGAUGGAACUCUCAUUAAAUAUUUUGAUCCCAGCUGUAAUAAUCUUCCUGUUAAAUUUCCUGAAAUUCUGUUGUAGUGCAGGCUUACCUCCCAUGGCAAGCCGAUCUGUGAAUGUCAACCCACAACUGGUGAAAUGGCCGGGGAAAAGAGUGCCUUAUUACAUCGAUGCGAGCUAUCCUGCCAGUGUAAAGCAACUGAUUCGGGAUUCAGCCAAACAAGUUAGCGCGGAUGUUAAAGGAUGUGUGACCUUUGUGGAAGUACCAUCAACGGUCAAAGAAUACAAAGUCUUUAUAACGAACAGAAAACCAGAUGGAACUCGUGCUACGCGGUGUUCCGCGUGGCCUGGUCUUUACGCCGACGCUCGGAAGCGAGGCCUUAAGGAACAGCGAGUCUUCGUCACAGAUGGCCCCACCGGUUGCCAGGACGGUUCAAAACAUUCCAUCAUGAAGUUUUUCGCGAUCACCUUGGGCAAAUUGAAUGAACACCAACGGGCCGAUCGGGAUGAAUAUAUUAAAGUGAAUCACGCUAAUAUGCUUCAAGAUCCCGAAGAAGCGUACCGCAUUCACGAAAGCACAAGUGAAGUUAAUUUUUAUCCAUAUGAUUACUGCUCCAUUACGCACAACCAACCGGAAGAGUUCGCUAAACCCAAAACCGAGGCGUUUAUCGUGAAGCACGAGCCAAAGUACAUUCCCAAAUUAAACCAUUUGAGCGAAAUCGACUGUAAAGAAAUUAGCGAAAUGUAUGACUGCGAUCCCAACAAAUGCGAAGCGAUGAAUUGCGAAGAUCUGGAUGGAGUUAGCCGAAUUCCCAGCGAAGAAACGGAAGCAACGGAAGCAACGACAGCAGAAGUUGCGACGGAAGCCCCAACCACGGCCAAACCGACGGUGCCAACCACAACAGAGGAGGCGUUUCCUACAGAGCCCGAACCGGAUAUUCCGGCUGGCCCGACUGAAGAUUAUCCCGACACACCGGAUGUCACACAGAAGCCGCCGUCGGCUAAUGAGCCGCCACUGGAGAUUUCUGGAUUCAAAAAGAAACUUCCAAAAAAAUCAACAUGACGAAUCAUAAAAGAGUGAGAUAACGGUUAUUCAGGAACUAAUAAUUUACGACCAUCCAUCAUAAGUACCAUCAACGCAACAGAAGUCGAUGAUGACCUUUAUUUUCGUUUGCGUUUGACUAGAAACGGCGGUUGCCGAACCUGGUGUGGGACUUAACGUAAUGAGAUGCAGUUGACUAAUUUGGCUUUGCAACUACAAAAGUGUCCCUGCAUUAAAAGCUUCGUUAUACGUGAA